GGGUGACAGCUGGGCUUGCUGCGCUCCGCUUCAGUCUGGUAAGAAGCUUCAUCUCCAAAUAGGAUGACCGUCGGCUUUUGUGGAAGGGACUGCGUUCAGCUCCGUAGCUAGUUCUGGGACACCCGGUUGUUUGUGCUCGUACAGUUUACCUGAGGGAAGUUUACGAGGCAAAGCGUCCUUUUUUGUCACUAGUGUGGAUUUCCGAUGGAUAUUCCGAUUUGAGUGGUGUGAUUUGAGCGCGGCAUGUAACAAAAAGAAGCGCAUGAGAAAAGUAGCGCUCGUAUUGUUAUCCUAAAGCGAGCACCAUCUGAACUGCUUUGAGGGACACAUCUCAUGGAUUACUAAAAGGCAGAGCUGUGUAACCACUCCGAGGGAUAUCCAUUCAUGAGCUGAAGGCUGAGGCAAAUCUCUAGUAGAGGACCAGCAGCAGCAGUGUUGGUGCGACCAUGAGGUCAGAGGCCUUGUUACUCUACUUCACACUACUGCAAAUAGCCGGGGCGGGCUUCCCCGAAGACAGUGAGCCUAUUAGCAUCUCACACGGCAACUACACAAAGCAGUAUCCAGCAUUUGUAGGCCACAAACCUGGAAGGAACAACACGCAGCGGCACAAACUGGACAUUCAGCUCAUCAUGAUUAUGAACAGGACAUUAUACAUCGCUGCCAGGGAUCAUAUAUACACAGUGGACACAGACACUGCCAACAGUGAAGAGAUAUUUUUCAGUAAGAAAAUGACAUGGAAGUCCAGACAGGGAGAUGUGGACACUUGCAGAAUGAAAGGGAAGCAUAAGGAUGAGUGUCACAAUUUCAUCAAAGUCCUUCUGCAGCAAAAUGAAGACACCUUAUUUGUUUGUGGAACAAAUGCUUUCAACCCCUCCUGUCGGACCUACAAGAUUGACACCUUGGAGGCUCAGGGAGAGGAGAUCAGUGGAAUGGCACGCUGUCCGUAUGAUGCCAAGCACGCCAACGUUGCCCUCUUUGCUGAUGGCAAGCUGUACUCGGCCACCGUUACAGACUUUCUAGCGAUCGAUGCGGUCAUCUAUCGUAGCCUUGGAGACAGCCCGACUCUGCGCACUGUCAAACAUGACUCCAAAUGGCUGAAAGAGCCCUACUUCGUCCAGGCAGUCAAUUAUGGAGACUUCAUUUAUUUCUUCUUUAGGGAAAUUGCUAUGGAGUACAAUACAAUGGGAAAGGUGGUGUUUCCACGGGUGGCGAGGGUUUGUAAGAACGACCGAGGCGGAUCGCCGCGUGUUCUGGAGAAGCAGUGGACCUCGUUUUUAAAGUCUCGCCUGAACUGCUCCAUCCCUGGCGACUCCCAUUUCUACUUCAACAUCCUGCAGGCUGUGACCGAUGUCAUUCACAUCAAUGGGAGGGAUGUAGUGAUGGCAACUUUCUCCACGCCUUACAACAGUAUUCCAGGUUCGGCAGUGUGUGCCUAUGACAUGGCGGAGGUGGCCAACACGUUCACAGGGCGUUUCAAAGAACAGAAAUCACCAGACUCCACCUGGACACCUUUUCCUGAAGAGAAGGUUCCCAAGCCAAGGCCUGGCAACUGUGCUGGUACUCCACCGAUGGAGAGGUAUAAGGUAUCCAAUGAGUUCCCCGAUGACACACUCAACUUCAUCAAGAUGCAUCCUCUGAUGGACGAGGCCGUACCCUCCAUUGCUAACAGGCCCUGGUUUCUCAAGACCAUGGUUCGGUAUCGUCUGACGCGCAUUGUGGUGGACAAUGAGGCAGGGCCGUAUAAAAACCAAACAGUCGUAUUUCUGGGGUCUGAGAAAGGCAUCAUCCUCAAAUUCUUGGCCAAGAUGAACAACGGCUUCCUCAACGAGAGCCUGUUUCUUGAGGAGCUCAGUGUCUACAACCCUGACAAGUGCAGCAUAGAUGGAAUAGAAGAUAAGCGCAUCAUAGGUAUACAGAUAGACAGCAAGAGUCACGCUCUGUGGGUCGCCUUCACCUCCUGUGUGGUUAAAGUGCCACUUUCUCGGUGUGAAAGGCACGGGCGGUGCAAGAAGUCCUGUAUAGCCUCCAGAGACCCAUAUUGUGGUUGGGUCCCAGAAGGAGCCUGCAGACAGGUGGUUGGCAACACUAAAUCAGCCUUUGAGCAGGACGUGGAGCAUGGCAACACAGAUGGCCUGGGAGACUGCCAAAAUACAUUUGUGGCCCUGAAUGGCCACCAUCACCACCGUCACCACCACACCCUCUCCCUUCCCACCUCGGCCCUGCCUGAGGCCGCGGAUGGCCCCCUGGGCCGGGGCCGCAUGGUGGAGCGGAAGGACCCCCCCAUGAGUUCAGACAAAGGGGAGGACCCCUACAUGGCCGUACCCUCUCAGACUCAGCCAGAAGCCAAUGGCGUGAUCCGUGAGAGCUACCAGAAGGGUCGUGACCAGCUGGUUCCUGUAACCCUCUUGGCCAUCGCCGUUAUCCUAGCAUUUGCCAUGGGCGCCAUCUUUUCUGGCAUCAUUGUCUACUGCGUCUGUGACCAUCGUCGUCGAGACAUGGACCUGACGGGCCGUAAAGAAAAGGACACCCACCACCUCCACUCCCGCCGGGGAUCCAUGAACAGCGUCACCAAGCUGACGGGUCUGUUUGAGACGCAGGCCAAAGAAGGUCGCCCCGAGGCAAUUCUCACACCUUUGAUGCACAAUGGAAGACUGACGCCAAAUGGGAAGAUGCUCAUAAAAGCAGACCAACACCACCUGGACCUCGCGGCUCUGCCAACGCCUGAAUCCACCCCCAUGCAGCCGCGUCGUAAGCCCAGCCGGGGAAGCCGUGAAUGGGAGAGAAACCAGAACCUCAUCAACGCGUGCACCAAGGACAUGCCACCAAUGGGGUCGCCUGUUAUCUCUACCGACCUGCCGCUCAGGGCCUCACCGGGGCACAUCCCUAGCGUUGUAGUCUUACCUUUGCAGCAGCAUCAGCACCAGCUUCAGCCUCAUCUGCAACAGCACCAGCAGUCCUACCAACAUGAGUAUGUGGAGCAGCCCCAUCACAGUGAUAUGAGCAUGGGCCACGGUGUAAUGGACGACCAGGGGGCCACCCUGGAGUACAAGACAAGCAAGAGCCCGUGCCACAACCUCAACAUGGCUGAUCCAGAUGUGGUGCUGCCACCUCGUGUGCCCCAGCGGGAGGCCUCUCUCACCAUCCCACCUGCUGUCCCACAGAUGGGCAAACGCCUGGAGGUCCACUCGUCAGUCUACGGGCUUCGGAAAGGAUCAGCAUCUGGUGCUUGUGGAUCCUCCGCCCUCAAGAAACACAACACCAACUCCUCUAACUCCUCCCAUUUGGCGAGACAUCACAGCUUCAACCGUGUUGAGACGCCACCACCUGCACCUCAGAGGGUGGACUCCAUACAAAUGACAGCACAGGGCAUAUCUCUGUCAAGGCAGCCUGGAAUGAGCUCCUACGGAUCACUGCCUCGAACGGGCGUCAAAUAUCUCAAGCCUGAUGUCCCCCCCAAACCCUCUGUAGUCUCGCUCUCCACAAAAGUCAAGUCCAGUGACUCUGGCACAUAGUUAGGUUGUUAGCCUGUCGGUCCAAUGUGAACAGACAGUAGUGAAAGGCGUUUUCUGGCAGAGAGAAAAAACAGGGAAUACUGUACAACUUGCAUCUCCUUUUCGUGUUUUUGUUUGUUUUUUGGUGUACAGUACAGUGGAAAUGCAACACAGUUUUUUUUUCCUAAAGAAAACACUUUCUUUUUAUAUAAAUAUGUAAAUAUUAUACCAUGGUUGUUGUCGGUUGUGGCAGUCAUCGAGCUCAUGCUCUGGCUGGCUCACAGCUCCUCUGUAAACACACAUGGGAACAUGUGCUACUGAAAAAGAAGAUGAUGCUUGUCCUGAAUAUUUCAUCCAUUGGCACCCUGUAGCAUUCAAGACAGUGGCUCUCUUGUUUGUGGUGUCUUUGUUUACUGAGACUUGAUUCGAUACUUCGUCAUGCUGGUAAGAGCACACACGAAGACGUCACAAGGGGGUUGGAGAAUAAUUGUUGUACAAUACCUUGAGGACAGGAGGAUCUGAGCAAACAAGCACUCAGAGAGAACGAGUUCGGACUGAAAGGACAGACAGCCGCCUGAGUUCUGGCGGAAACUGUGAAAAGCCUCUCAGUGUUACAGCAAUCAAGUCCUGCCUGGGCAUGACUGAAAGCCUGGGCCAGAAGAAUCUUCUACUGUACUGGUGACUGAAUAACACAUGACUGUUAAUACUAAUAGCUUGUUGUAUUUAUUUUUAUUAAGUGCUUUUGAAAAACAAACAGACUGACUUUCUAGGCUUGGAGAGAAAGAGGACAAAGAAGAGAUCUUUUAAUAUUAAUUAAUCAAGAGUGAGGAAGAAAAUAUUUAAAGUCAUUAAACUGGAGCCAGUAGAACUUUCUUAAUGACUAAAGUUCAACUAGGUCUUACUGUGUGCUCAGUGGGACCUGCAGCUUGAGAAUAUACGUGACCUCUGUGACGACGAGGAGAUAUUUAUUUAAACUGUGCCAGACCAGGACUUUUACUUUUACGGACCAGAAUCUCCUUUGUUUUAGACCAAUCAUUUAAGAAAAAAAAGAAAGAAAGAAAGAAAUCCUGAAUCUCACCCUUUCACUCCUGCAAUCAGCACUGUGGUUUUGUGUGAGUCCCAAACAUUUGUCCUGAUUGGUUGCUGGCUUUAUGGUGCCAUCAAAGCUCACUGUUGCAUGUUGCAAAUAUAAGAGAAGCAGCUGCAGCAACCGCACGGGGGGAUCUGCAUACAAAAGGAAGCUGUAAGUGAGGCUGCAAGCAAACGAGCGGUGCCUCCAUCUUGGAACGUAUCGUCUUUUCUAGCGGCGUCACGCGGAAGGGCGGGCGAAAAAAAGGAUAUUAUAGGAACAUCUGUCUUGCCUGCUUCUUUUUCCACAUGUAAAUUUGUGCCUUACACCCUGAAGUAGUGACAAUGUUUUCUUUAAUAGCUGUUAACUCUGUCUCCUUGUUGUAUUUUUUUAUUUUCUUUUUGUUUUCUUAUGUCAUGAUAUUUCCCUUGUUUGAUAAAAAUGCAAUUAAAGAAUGUAGGUGUUAUUGUUGUAAUUCUGGUCCCUAGACAAAACACACUUACAGACCAGAGGGAAGAGAGGAAGAAGCAAUUCCUUUCUUCAUUCACACACACUCUCUCUCUCUCUCUUUCUCUCUGGCACACACACAUAAACACAUGCACACAUACACACACACACACACUCAUCUUUGUGAUUCAUUUCUGAUUGUGCCAUUAAUGCGCUUAAAACGACCCUUUAUGUUGUGCUGGCAGUGUCGAUAAAGACUUUGUGAGUGUUUUUGAUUUCCUGUUUUAUACAAAGUCCUGGUAUUUGUUUUUACUUGUUUUUGGUGUUCGUUUGGAGUGAUGGUUAAUUGGUUAACGGAACAAUUAACAUUUGUUGCUUAAGGAGGCCAACGUAGGUGUAUCUUCCCUUGGUGCACUGCGAUAGCACCAUAGCAAGCGUACAGUACGAGAUACACGCGAACACCCAGCGUACUAACACGAGUCGAGGCUUCUUGCGCGCAUUGAAACGUUCAUUUGUUAGACGGUUGCAUAAACAGGCUGGUUCCUGUGGAAAAGAAAAAAAAGAUGACAUUUUGAAACAACACUAUUAAAAACUGUACAUUAUUUAACCCCCUUUUUGUAAGCGAACACAGUUUGGGAAGUUUAGAGAUUUUUUUUUUUAUUUUGCCUCACUAACUCUCGUUAUCAAAGCCUUAUGAAUGGCUGAGAGUUUAACUAAUCAGAUGAUUUCACUUCCUUUUUACUUGAGGGUUUUUAUGGAUCACCCCACACUGAAACACUUAAGUCAUUGGAGCACUCCCUUAGUGUUGUAUGUGUAGAUAGGUUAAAGUUUUCUCGAUAUCAAUAUUCUUUCUGGAGGAAAGCCAAGAGUGUCUCAGUCCACAGCUCGAAUAAGACUGACAUGCAGGAUCUGGGACCUGACUAAUGUGUACAUAGAUGCUCGAAGGGAAUGGUUGCACGUGACGAGGUCAUGGGCAAUGGAUUAGUUCAAAAUAUGAACCGAGAGGAACGCGUCCCAUCGAAAACAUGGUCUGGGAUAAAGCUGCAACAGUUAUAGCAUCGAUUAACUUGAAGCGAGGACCUUCAAAGUUCAGAUAAGCAUAGACGUGUGUUCACUCCAGACUUUCAUAAAACUACUUUGCUUUAAAUUAGUGUCUGAACACCUUACUUACACCCUCCGGUGCACUGAGUGCAUGAACCAGCAACAUUCCCACGCCUGGAGUAAGGCUUAUCCUCAGCUGAGUAUUUCUGGUUUUGAAAUGCUCAGUUGCGUUGUCUCCCACCUGGAUGAAUUGUCAUGUCCACACUGAAUGUGAACAAGAGAACCUGUCUAGGUUUGAAGGUCAAAUGUCCACAUCCUGUGUAGACAAGUACUUUUGGCUGUGGGUGCAUUUAUGAUUCAGCAACAUCAAGUGUUUUGAUAUUAGAGAAAAGUUGAGCGUUUUAAAGGCUGAAGGCUGCUGUGGACAGUGAGGUUCUUUGGUGUGUGCCUUUUUGUCUUUCACCCUUGUUAUAAUACACUGCUGUUAGAUGCAAAUCGACUCUCUUCUCAACUUCUCAAACUUUUGAACUUUGUAAGCUUGUAAGAUAUCGUGACGUCACAAAGUUUUUUGCCCUACUCUCUCCACUUCCUUAACAUCUGAUUCACAGCUUAAUGUAUGUUGUAAAGAAAAAAAAAAGAACUCUUUAAUUUAAUGCAAAAUGUAAUAAAAAAAAAAAAGAAAAUAAAAUUCUU